AUGGUUGUUUCACUGAGGCUACCUUUGAUCUCCUCUUUGCUUUCCCCAGCCUCAUCUCGCUCCUCAAACUUAGCUUUCUCCAGGCGAGCUCUGGGGAUUUCAUGGAGGCACCAACGCCAACGCCCCCCCUUACGGUUCCCGCUGCUUUCUUCUCCCUUCUCUCCUCGAAGUUCCUCCACCAACACCGAAAUUCAUAUCGACAGCUCCAAGAAUCGAGUUUCUGAAGGACCUAUCACUCCUCGGUCGCAGGAUUUCAAUGCUUGGUAUUUGGAUGUUAUUGCGAACGCUGAGCUCGCGGAUUAUGGUCCUGUUCGAGGUACCAUGGUUAUUCGUCCUUAUGGCUACGCCAUAUGGGAGGCAAUUCAGGAGUAUUUAAAUGUCAAGUUCAAGGAAACCGGCCAUGAAAAUAUGUACUUUCCCCAGUUUAUACCGUACUCUUUUAUUGAGAAAGAAGCUAGUCACGUCGAGGGGUUUAGUCCAGAGUUAGCUCUUGUAACAAUUGGAGGAGGGAAAGAACUUGAAGAAAAGCUUGUGGUUCGACCCACAAGUGAAACCAUUGUGAAUCACAUGUUUACUCAGUGGAUUCAUAGUCACCGUGAUCUUCCUUUGAUGAUUAAUCAGUGGGCCAAUGUCACUAGAUGGGAGAUGCGCACGAAACCAUUUGUUAGAACUCUUGAAUUUCUCUGGCAGGAGGGCCAUACUGCCCAUGCAAGUCCAGAAGAGGCAGAAAAAGAGGCUAUUCAGAUGAUUGACAUAUAUACAAAAUUUUCUUAUGAGCAAGCGGCAAUACCUGUUAUUGCAGGUCGAAAAUCAAAGGUAGAGACAUUUGCUGGUGCAGACAAGACCUAUACAAUAGAGGCCAUGAUGGGGGAUCGGAAGGCACUGCAGGCAGGAACCAGCCACAACCUAGGGCAAAACUUUUCUCGUGCUUUUGGAACACAGUUCACAGAUGAAAAUGGACAAAGACAACAUGUAUGGCAGACAUCGUGGGCAAUUAGUACACGUUUUGUUGGUGGAAUUAUUAUGACUCAUGGAGAUGAUGGAGGUUUAAUGCUGCCACCAAAGCUUGCUCCCAUACAGGUGGUAAUCAUACCCAUAUGGAAGAAGGAUGGUGAUAAAGCUGAAGUUCUUAAUGCUGCUUCUUCUGUAAAAGAAUUUCUUCAAACUGCAGGGUUAAAGGUUAAACUUGAUGAGUCAGACCAGAAAACUGCAGGAUGGAAAUUCAAUUUUUGGGAGAUGAAGGGUGUCCCUUUGAGGAUCGAGAUUGGGCCCAAGGAUGUUGCAAGUAAAAGUGUGGUCAUAUCUAGGAGAGAUAUUCCUGGAAAGCAAGGGAAAGUUUUUGGAAUAUCCAUGGAACCUUCCGUUUUAGAAGCUUAUGUGAAAGAGAGAUUGGAUGAGAUCCAAUCAUCUCUUCUUCAGCAGGCAAGAACUUUUCGUGACAGUAACAUUGUGGAUGUGAGUUCAUAUAAUGAACUUAAAGAGGCAAUCUCCGAGGGAAAAUGGGCUAGGGGUCCUUGGUCAGCUAGUGACCAAGAUGAAUUGAGAGUUAAAGAAGAAACAGGAGCAACAAUUAGGUGUUUUCCUUUUGAACAGCCACAAGGGCCUAAAACAUGUCUUAUGACUGGUAACCCUGCCGAGGAAGUUGCCAUUUUUGCGAAGUCUUACUGAGAUACGAUAUCAAGGCAUUCUUAAAAUCUCCAAGUCUUGUUCUUUUCGGGCCUUCAAUCACAUUCGUGCACUAUCUUAAAGGUCAUGUUAAAUAUUUUUGGAAGAGGGAGCCUUCUAAAUCAGUUCUUCUAAGGCAAAGGCUCUAGCUAGCUGGUCUGUGUUGGCAUUUGUCUUUUGAAGUUUGACAUGUUUUUGUUCUCUGCCUGCCUAAUUAUUUUCUUGGUGGCUCAGUCUUUCAUUUUUGGAGCCCUAUUUAAGUGAUCCAUUUAUUUAUGAACUAAUGGAUUGACAAUCUUGUUAAAGCAUCACUUAAUUUUUGUCUUUUAUUUCAUAACAUGACAUGAGCUUGUUGUUCCAUUUUUACAAUGUUCUUCUUGUGAACUAGCUAAUGUAGUAUUAUAUUGAACAUUUAACCCCUCAGAAAUUUUGCAAUUUUGCCUGUUCAAGGAGACAAUUUUAGCAACAGGAUUUAUAAGUUUUUUGUUUGUAUUCUCACUUAAAUUUGGUUUAAAUGUGAUGUAGCUCCUAGAAUUUUCGGGCUGAAAUGUAUUGUGUUUACAUUGGCUCACUUGAAUGAACACAAGUAAAUACAGAUAAUACAAGAACAUGAACUUUCAACUUCAUAAUCGAGCAUGGCCGUUUACAGUAAUGACACAGCUUUAAAUUUAAAUUCAUGCACUGUAAUUCAGGUCUUUUUAGGUGAAACUUUAGAUUAUCUCCAUAAGCAGAAGAACAAAUUUUUGCUACUUCAUGCCGCAGCCCUGUUGGGCCACUGAGUAAAACUCUAAUACCCGAUCCUUUGCAGUCCAACAAAAUUUCUGUAUAACAAAGCAUGUUACCAUGUAUCAUUGAUGGUGGUUGCUAUGUAUUGUAUAUAUACAUCAUAUAUGUAUACGUAGCCUGCUUUUUGUUAAUACAAAGGCAAGAAAACUUAUUGUUGAGAUCAGGCCUGCCUCCAUAACGGAUGUUGGUUGCUUGAACAGGGAAGGCUCUCAAGCUCACUAUCACCUCAAAAGAUCCACGACUCAGGUGAUGCUUUUGGUGAUUGAAAAUUGUGAAUUUGAAUUUGUUUAUCAUUUGAAGCAUUUGUUUUCCUUUGCCACAGAGAUACAAAGCUAGAAGAAAUGCAAAUACAAGCAAAUGCCAAGAACAUGUCCCAGAGAACUUUGUAGGUGUAAUUAUAAAUGGCAUUACCAUUUCGUUCAAUUGGGUAAAUGUAGUAGCGAGUGAUGAUGCCUAAAAGAAUCAAGAGCAUCACAAACAAAGAUGAGAUAAUUGCACCAAAAAGCAGCCAGUUGUUCCGUCCAAGAGCCUUCGAGACUGAUAGCGGAGGUAAAAGAUCCAACAUGGUGAGAUCAAUGGAUUUCUUGAGGUGCAGAUGAAGGAAUUUCAAUGAUCAACUCUUGAGAAAAAACUAAACCUGGACUUCUCAAAAAGUUUAGUUCAACAAUGCCACAAUGAAGAUGGCAAGCUGAAACCAGCCUUACACCGCGUUGCAAUUGUAAGAAUCGUAAGUAUCAUCGAUAGCCCGGAGAAGGAUGCUAGGAAGAAUCAAGCACACAUAAGCUACUCCCACAUGGAUUAGAUAGAAGAUGAUGUAGAGUGUAAAAAUGGUGAGUGUAACAGGAAACCUCAAACAUUUUUCGGCGAAUCGAUUGAAAGCUCGUUACCCUCCUGCAACAUUCGAUACAUAGUCCUCACUCCAUUGUUUCAACUGCUUAAUGAUGGAACAUUCAAUUAGUAGUGGUUCAUAAGCAACACAUGAAGCAAUAUACUAACAGACAAAUAACAUACUUCUUAUU